CCUUGCCUGGUUGAUUGUCACAUUGGGGAGAAGAAUUUAUAAGCAUGCAGCAAUUGGCUAAUCAGCAAAGGAUAUGUGGAUUGGAUUAAGGUUUGUAGAUUGCAUUACUACUCCACAAGGAAAUGCAAAGUGAGGAGUUAGUUACAUCAGAAUUGGGAGUGAAGGCAGAAGGGAGAAAAAAAACCCCGAUGCGUCAGUCUUACGUCUUCUGAGUGACAGGCUUUCCUGCCUAUCUCAUGCUUAAUUCAGUGGUUUAAAAAUAGCCUCCAGAUGUUUAUAAUUGGAUAGUCACAGAGCAAGAACAGCCCAUCUGAGCAGAUAGGACUGUGAGAAAAGACACAGCGAGAUCUAAGGAGCAGACGCCAAAAGACAGCAGAAGAAGAAUCCGGACAAUUGGUGGGCAAGAGGAAAUCCAGAAGGUUUUGUGCAGGUCGAAGAAAUAGCUCGGUGGGGUGUCUAGAGGAAUGUUGCACCACGUAUAGGUGUGACCUCAGAGGCCAGGGAAAGCGAAGAGAGAAUAUUUGUGGAUCUAUGGGGUACAGGAAGAAGAUUUCAUAGAAGGAGCAGGAAGAGAGGCAUUGGCAAAAAAAAAUCUGGGUAAGUCAAGGAAUCCCUUCAGAGGAGUAGGAAAUAGGAGAAGAAAGAUUCCUUGGAAGCACUGCGAUUUCAGGCUAGAAGGCUGCCGUGUCUCUUGGUCCAUCUGUUAUCACAAGUAUUUCACAGCCAACUUAAGUACUAGCAAAUUAUUUAUUGGCUCUAGAAGACUGCAUUGAUUGUUAAGCAUAUCUCAACAGCUUCUUGGAAAGUUGUUUAGAUCCAAGUCACUGGCUUCUUGGAAAGCUGAAGACAAUAGCUACUACAAUGGAGAUUGGAUUGACCUCUGACAGGGAGAGCCAAUUACAAUCAACUUCUAAAGAGACUUACCAUUCUACAAAUGCAACUGUACUACCAAGUUUAGUGCAUUGUGGGAAUACCGAAGAACUGCUCCAUCAGAUGACAUCACAGGAAGGUCCUCCCAAAACAUCUCAAUGCUGGAAAAAUGCUGGGAAUGGGUCAUCCCUUGUGGUCAAUCAAGCAUUGCAAUCAAUGAGCAGCCAGUCAUGUCCAGAUGCCACAAACUGUGAAAAGCUGCAAUCUAAUGAAACAGAUAGUCCUUUGAAGAGCUCAGAGCUAGCAACUUCAUCUGAAGAGGUUGUGGCGGGUGCGGAUACUGUUCCUGAGGUUGUGCCACCCUUGUUCUUUCCACUGAAACACACAUGGAUGCUUCAACUCCACUUAGAGGAUGACAUUGAAGACUACCUGGAGGGAUUUGAGUCCGUGGCCUACACCAACCGCUGGCCCAAGGCAGAGUGGGUUGCUAAACUGAAGCCAUAUCUGAGCCGCAAAGCUCUUCUAGCCUGCAACAUCUUGGAACGUAGUCUUGCUAAUGACUAUGAUGUGGUCAAAGAGCGCAUCCUGCACCAAUAUGGUAUCACAAGUGAAAUGCAACGCCAGUGCUUCAGGCAGUUCCGAUACCAGGAAGCCAAAGGCCCCCAAGAAACCUGCCAAAUUCUCCAGACUCUUGGACAGCGCUGGUUGAAGCCGGAAAGGCACACCAAAAAGCAGAUUUUGGAGUUACUAAUACUGGAGCAGUUUCUCACCAUCCUGCCCCCAGAAAUACAAGACUGGGUUCGAGGAUGCUGUCCCAAGACUUGCGCUCAGGCUGUGGAUCUUGUUGAAAGUUUCCAGCUGGGAAAUGAGCCACCAGUGCCAUUCAAAGACAUUGAUGUGAAGUUCUCCAAUGAAGAGUGGGCUUUGCUAACUGAGGAGCAACGAGCCCUGUAUGAUGAUGUUACGCUGGAGAACUUUCAGAAUGUGUCCACUCUGGGAAUUCCUCUGGAGAAACCUGAGAUAAUCGCCCGGAUACAGCAAGGGGGAGAACUGUAUUUUCAGAAUAAUACUAUCAAUUUUCCAAAUGUUCAAUUCAUAGGAAGCCAACUGUCACCAACUGUUAUCCAAGGGGUGGAAAAACGUUCUUUUUUGAAGAGAGCCACAAAGACAGUUAAGGUACAAGAAAUCACCAUGGAAGUACCUCAGGACAGUGUGAGUCUAGGGGAAACACUUGUCAAAGAGCCAUCUUCUAACUCUAUCAAAGAGGCUGCGACAUCAUUGCCCUCGACUAGUACUCUCCCCCUAAAAAAGCCAUUGAUUUCCACAAAACAUAAAUCUUCCAAAAGAAGGAAGCAUCAGCCACCCAGAACAGAGGAGUUGUCUUCCACAAAAAGUAGGCCUCAACCAUCAUUGCUGCAAGAAACAUCUGGAAAAAAGGAACCAGGAAGCCAAAUUUUGACUGCCAAAGCUGAUAAACAAAAGAAGACUCUGGUUCCUCAGGGUGCUAGGUCAUCGCAGCUGAAGAAGCCAACUGCAUCAGUAGGGCAACACCCCAAAGAGAAGAAGAAAUCUAAAGUUCCGAGUGAGCCACCCAUUCUGAACAAGGAAACCCUCUUGGGUGAAAAUAUUGUCCAGGACAAAGAGCAUCAGCUGGCAUUUCUGGAAGUAAAAGUCAACAAAGCUCCUCUCCCGGUCACCACAUGGAAUCCUCCUUUCAGUGCCACUGUAGUCUCUGAUCUCACGUGCCUGGAUUGUGGACGGUCCUUCAAGCAGAGGUUUGACCUGCGCCAACACCGGUAUGUCCAUACCCGGGAGAAGCCAUAUGCCUGCACGUUGUGUGAAAAGUGUUUUAGGCAUCCAAGCAACUUACAUAUCCAUUUGCGGACGCAUAGCGGGGAACGGCCCUAUCAGUGUCCCGAGUGUGGGAAGGCUUUUUCCCAAAGUUGCAACCUUCGGACUCAUUGCAAGAUCCAUACAGGUAACAAGCCAUACAAAUGCUUUGUCUGUGGAAAGUCCUUCUGCCAUAGCUCCAAUCUCACCAUCCACCAGCGAGUACACACUGGAGAACGUCCUUAUCCUUGCUCGGUUUGCUCCAAACGUUUCAGUGACAGGUCUACCCUGGUGCAGCAUGAACGGACCCACACAGGCGAGAGGCCCUAUGCUUGUGUGGUCUGUGGACAGAGGUUCAGCCAGAUAUCUCACCUCAUGAAGCAUGGCCGCAUGCAUCCAGAUACCAGUGACCCAGCAGGGCCCACUGAAGAGCCAUCUUCCAACACACCCGAAAGGGUCUUCACACCACCUCGUGGAAAAGCCUCUUUCUGAAUGAAGCCUCUUUCUGAAUGAAGCCAACUACAUCAGGUGAGAAUCUUGCCUGGAUUUCAAAAAUAUGGGCUUCUUCAUCCAAGGCUAACGGUCAGCAGAACUGCACUACUACAUAGAGGUGGCUGGAUAGUAUAUUGUGAAGAUAAAAGAGAAACUAAGAGUUUUGAUAAGCAAAAUAAAUGGCUGGCAGAGAAGUGGUAACAAAAAACAUAGAAAGGGGUGAGAGAAUUGCUAAGGAUGGAAGCCUCCCUUGCAAUCAGUCCGCUGUAAAUAGCUAGACUUCAUUAUCGCAUUCAGAGAAACAUCUGGAAAAAAAUAGUCCCGGUAUGCUAUAUUGUUUAUAAAAACAACUCAAAUACUCUUGUAAAGUUCUCUUUCCCAAGCAUUUUUUCCUUUUUAAUCAUUUGUUUUCUCAUUCCUAACUGUUUCACAAGCCUUUUCUGUUGCCAUCAUCUCCAGAGAUUAACAUUGCAUAUGUAUUUGAAACAGACAAAGGUGGAAAAUUCAAGACAUCUUUGCUCCCUUAGUCAUUUUCAUAGAAAAAGGCAGGAAAAAGCUUCUUGUAAGAUGUAAGGAAAGUGUAUUGUGUUUGCAAACAACAAUAUUCAGUAGCUGGUCCUGAGUUUGGAGCAAAUGAGAAAAAGAAAUGAGCAGAGAGGCUUCUGGAGACAAAAAAGAGCUACUUGAAAGCAGAGCCAAGAUACUUUCGAUAUGUUAGGAAUUUUGAAAUGCCAGCAAUUUUUUUUUCAUUUUUCUUACCUCUGGAAUUGCAGUGAAUUUUCUACACCAGGAUUUCCCAACCUUGACAACUUCAAGACACAUGGACUUCAAUUUCCCAGCCAGCCAGAGAUAUUAUUUUUUUUAAAAAAUCAGUCCAAAUAUUAGUUAAAUGUAAAGAUUAAAAAGUAACUGCUUGGCUGUUUUUUAUGGUCAAAUAAAUAUUUAUUUUCUAAAAUGUGUCAUUGGGAGAAAAUCUCCCACUACAUAGUUACUAUAGAAAUUAUUUUCUCCUCUUAUGGACUGGAACCGCGAGAUGGGCAGUCAAAGCUCCCUUCAUUGAAUGGACUGGCUUUAAUCUAUUUUGUUCCUUGAGCAGCCUAUUUAUUUAUUGCUGAGUUAUAUACAAGAGCCAAAUCCUUUAUUUAAAGCUAUGCUCAAUCCAACAUUGAAGUACAUGGAGUCUGGAAAAGCAAAUGGAUAAAAUGAACUGUAAAACCACAGGUGUUAAAGUGUAAUGCUAAAAUAAACUACAGUAUUUGGUUUA